AUGAGGUGCCUGGCCCUCUGCCUCUUCAGCCUGUUGUGCUGUAAUGCAGUUCAACUGGAAAAACGUCGUCCCAGACCGAUUGCAGUCAGGGGGCGAAAUGAGACAACUGCCCAAACAAAAGCAAUGGAGAACUCUUGCAAAGCCAUCCCACUGGAUUUUGUCUUUGUCAUCGACAGCUCUCGAAGCAUCCGUCCCCACGACUACGAGAAGGUCAAGACCUUCAUUAUCAACCUGCUCCAGUUCCUGGAGAUCGGUUCUGAUGCCACUAGGGUUGGCCUGCUCCAGUACACUCUCGGAAAAAAUGUGUAUGGCAGUGUGGUCCAGCCCGAGUUCUCCCUCAAUACUUACAUCACCAAGGCUGAGGUGGAGCAGGCGGUGAAGAACAUGAAGCACCUCGCCACAGGAACAAUGACGGGCCUUGCCAUCCAGUACGUCAUGGAGACAUCUUUCACUGAGGAACAUGGAGCACGACCAGCACACCUGCACAUCCCACGAAUUGCUAUGGUUGUGACCGAUGGGCGACCUCAGGACACGGUGGAGGAGAUUGCAGCUCAGGCGAGACAGGCUGGCAUCCAGAUUUUCGCUAUUGGAGUGGGCAGGGUGGAUAUGAACACUCUGAAGACCAUAGGGAGUGAACCACAUUCUGAGCAUGUGCACUUGGUGGCCAACUUUAGUCAAAUAGAAACCCUCAUCUCGGUAUUCCAGUCCAAACUGUGUGGAGGUUCAGAGAUGUGUGAGGUGGUGGACCAUCAGUGCCAGCACAUCUGUGUGAGCAGCCCUGCCUCAUACAGAUGCAAGUGUAGGGAAGGCUUCACCCUCAAUCCUGAUGGCAAGACAUGUCGAGCUGAGGAUAUGUGUGCUGAGGUGGAUCAUGGCUGUCAACACAUCUGUGUCAACAUCCCUGAUGGCUACGAGUGCCUCUGUCGUCCAGGAUAUCAGCUCAACAUAGACCUGAAGACAUGCAACAGAAUAGACUACUGUGACCUGGGGAAUCAUGGCUGUGAGCAUGACUGUGUCAGCAUUCCAGAGUCCUACCUCUGCAGGUGUAAGAAGGGCUAUGUCCUCAAUGUGGACCGCAAGACCUGCAGCAAGAUUGACCACUGUGCUGAUGACACCCAUGGGUGUGAACAGGAGUUCAUGAACACAGAAGACUCCUGUGUGUGUAAAUGCAGAAAAGGCUUUACACUCAGGCCUGAUGGGAAAACAUGCCAGAGGAUUGAUCACUGUGCUGAUGGCACCCAUGGGUGUGAACAGGAGUUUGUGAAUACAGAGGAUGCUUGUGUAUGUAAGUGCCGGAAAGGCUACACUCUCAGACCUGAUGGGAAAACUUGCAAGAGGAUAGACCAUUGUGCUGAUGGGAAACAUGGCUGUGAGCAGGAGUUUGUGAAUACGGAGGAUUCAUGUGUGUGUAAAUGCAGAAAUGGAUUUGCACUCCGACCUGAUGGAAAAACAUGUCAGAGUCUGGAUCUGUGUCAGACGGUGGACCAUGGCUGUGAACACCAGUGUGUCAGCACCACCGAGUCCUACAUCUGCAGGUGUUUUGAAGGAUUCACGUUGGCUGAAGAUGGAAAGAGCUGCAAAAAGCCAGAGUGUGGCGAUGGAGUCAUGGAUCUGGUUUUUGUUAUUGAUGGUUCUAAGAGUCUGGGCCCUGCCAACUUUGAGCUGGUCAAGCAGUUUGUUAACAGCAUUGUGGACUCGCUGGACAUUUCCAGGACAGGCACGCAUGUUGGCCUUCUUCAGUACUCCACCAAAGUGCGUGCAGAGUUCUCCCUGGGCCAGUACACCACAGCCCAGGGCAUCAAACAGGCCGUGUCCCGAAUGCAAUACAUGGGGAGAGGCUCCAUGACUGGCUCAGCCUUACGUCACAUGUUUGAGUUCAGCUUCUCAGCUAAAGAGGGAGCCAGGCCAAACAUCCCACGUGUCAGCAUUGUGUUUACCGAUGGGAGAUCACAGGAUGAUGUGUCCGAAUGGGCUAGUAAAGCAAAGAACUCUGGGGUCACGAUAUACGCUCUGGGUGUCGGCAAAGCCAUUGAACAGGAGCUGAGAGAAAUAGCUUCAGAGCCCGAUGAGAAGCACCUUUAUUAUGCUAAAGAUUUUAAGAACAUGGCAGAAAUUACAAAGAAGCUCAAGUCCAGGAUGUGCACAGACAAACCCUCUGAUGAAAACAUGUGCCAGUGUGAGAACGUGAUAAUGUUUCAAAACCAGGUCACUGAGAAGCUGAAGAACCUCAUGCAGAAUAUUGAAGCCAUGUCAAAGAAGCUGGAGACACUCGAGAAUCAACUUGUGCUCAAAUAAAAGGACAAGACCCCCCGUCCCCAUCCCCGUCCCCGUCCCAGCCUAUAGUGUAACACUCAGAGGAUCCUUUUAAUCCUGCUUGACAGGCUACUCUCAAGCAUAUGCAAAUGUAAUGCUUUCUACUGAAGCUAUUUAUACACUUUUGUAUACAACAUAAUGUAUUGUUUUCUGUAAG